UAAAACAUAAGGAUUUACGUAAAUAGAACAAAAGUUUUAUGAUUUUCAACCAGUUUCAAAAUUAAUCAAACAUUUUUCUGCUGUUCCUUUAACGGAGAGAGCAGAACAAGAACGUCCGUACUAUCAAUCAACUGACUUUUUUUAUGCUAUGCGGUACAUGCUUACCAUAAAUUUUAAUCGAAUUAUUGGCUUUUAAAAAUGAAGUAGGUAAUUUUGUGUUUAGAAAUAUUAACAGACGGUUUUUGAACAUGAUCAAGGCGAUUCUAGUUUUUAAUAAUCAUGGAAAACCACGGCUUUCGAAAUUUUAUCAGUACUUUGCUGAAGACAUGCAACAACAGAUAAUAAAAGAAACGUUUCAAUUAGUCUCCAAACGUGACGAUAACGUUUGCAAUUUCCUAGAAGGAGGAAGUUUGAUAGGAGGAAGUGAUUAUAAGUUAAUUUACAGACAUUAUGCAACCCUAUACUUUGUUUUUUGUGUUGAUUCUUCAGAAAGUGAACUGGGUAUAUUGGAUCUCAUCCAGGUCUUUGUCGAAACGCUAGACAAAUGCUUUGAGAAUGUGUGCGAGCUGGAUUUAAUAUUUCAUGUUGACAAAGUUCAUUUUAUCCUUAAUGAAUUAGUUAUGGGAGGUAUGGUGUUAGAAACCAAUAUGACAGAAAUAUUAACCAGAAUUGAGGAUCAGAACAAAUUGGAGAAGCAAGAGGCUGGAAUAUCGGCCGCACCUGCAAGAGCUGUGUCUGCAGUGAAGAACAUGAACAUUCCGCAACAAAUCAAAGACAUUAAAUUACCAGAUCUUCCUCAGGCAAUCAAAGAUCUCAAAUUCUGACCUCAAAUCGGUCAGUUUCAGAAUAUCAAAGCAUCGAACCCCAUAUCGCUGUCGUCCAGAUCACUUCUAGAAGAUCCAUCUUCAGUAAAGUACACUUGAUAAUUGAACAAUUCGUGUAAGGAAUAAUCACAUGGUCCACUAAAUCCCCAAAUGUAUAGUCCACAAGGAAAAGCAGUUUUUAAUAUCUUUCAUUGUAUAAACGUUUUUACGAUUUGGCUUUUAUUACUUACUACACCUGUUACAGGUUUUAUUUGUCCUCAAGGAAUAUUAUGCAAGCCUCAAGCAAACAUUUUUAGAAAUGAUUGCAUAGUCAAUUAAAUUUUUUGAAUAGUUAACAUUUUGAUGUAAUUCUUUUCUUUUUGAGACAUUUUGCAAAAUUUUAUUUAAAAGCUCUGAUUCCAUUUCAUAGAUGUGCUUCACUACCCCAUACGUUUGGCAAGUGAAUACAAAAAGGAAUGAAUCACAUCAAAAUGGCGGAAAAGUUAUUCAUUGAGACAUUUAUUGAGGCUUUUUUGCCUUUGCCAGCAGCAAGGAACUCAAAGAUUCUGUUUGUUGUUAAAUUGUUAAUGUUUUUAUGUUUAUUGUACCUAAAUAUUUUACCUUUAAUUUGGCACAAAUUGUGUGCCUUA